AUGACCCACUGUGGCCCAGGCUAUUUCCAUUCCUCACUGGACCAGGUGGUGGAGAAGCUGUCUGUGGUCCUGUGCCGGGAGCCAGAGCAGCAUUACCGGAUGAACGACGUCGAUGUCUUGCCCCUGCGCGUGAACUACGACAACGAGGCCACAACCGGAACUGCAGUAACCUUUCCUGGAACCAGACCUUCUGCUUCCCCAUUCACAGCCACCUCAAGAUGUGUAGCUGUUUUAUUUAAUCCCCGGAAGCACAAACAGCACCAUAUCCUCAACAGUUCCAGGAAAACUAUCACAACUCUUACAUUUUCCCCAGAUGGCAAGUACGUGGUCACAGGAGAGAGUGGCCAUAUGCCUGCUGUUCGAGUGUGGGACGUAGUUGAACAUCAUCAAGCAGCAGAACUACAAGAGCAUAAGUAUGGCAUCACCUUUGUGGCAUUUUCCCCCAGCGCCAAGUACAUCGUUUCUGUUGGCUAUCAGCAUGACAUGAUUGUCAUUGUCUGGCUCUGGAAGAAAAACGUCGUGGUAGCUUCCAUCAAAGUGUCGAGCCCAGUAAUGGCUGUAUCCUUUUCUGAGGAUUGCAGCUAUUUCGUUACCGCUGGAAAUCAGCACAUCAAAUUCUGGUACCUGGACGAUAGUAAAACUUCCAAGGUAAACGCCACAGUGCCCCUGCUGGGCCGCUCAGGGCUGUUGGGGGAGCUUCGGAACAAUCUUUUUACUGAUGUGGCCUGUGGCCGAGGAAGGAAAGCAGAUAGCACUUUCUGCAUCACCUCUUCUGGACUGCUGUGUGAAUUUAGUGACCGGAGGCUAUUGGACAAAUGGGUGGAACUUCGUACCACAGUGUCCCAGUGCAUCUCAGUGAGCCAAGACCACAUCUCCUAUGGCUGUGCUGAUGAAGCCGUGCGUGUCCUCAAACCCUCGAGGCGUCCUUACUUCCUGACUACGCUGCCUAAACCCCCUGCCCUGAGGACUGACAUCGCCACCAUCACUGAGGCUAGCCGCCUUUUUGCCAGUCCAGCUGAUGCCAAGUACCCAGACACCAUCGCCCUGACCUUUGAUCCCACGAACCAGUGGCUGUCCUGUGUAUACAACGAUCAUAGCCUUUAUGUAUGGGAUGUAAGGGACCCCAAGAAAGUAGGCAAGGUGUAUUCAGCGCUCUACCAUUCUUCGUGUGUUUGGAGUGUGGAGGUAUAUCCUGAGGUAAAGGACAGUAACCAAGCCUGCCUGCCACCCAGCUCUUUCAUCACCUGCUCCUCAGACAAUACCAUUCGCCUGUGGAACACUGAGAGUGCCGGCGUGCACGGCUGUGCACUACACCGAAACAUCCUGAGUAAUGAUCUGAUCAAGAUAAUCUAUGUGGAUGGGAACACUCAGGCCUUGUUGGACACUGAGCUGCCAGGAAAUGGAGAUAAAACUGACGGGUCAUUGGUAGAUACUCGUGUGGGAAUCCGUUCUGUUUGCAUCAGCCCCAAUGGACAGCACUUGGCAUCGGGUGACCGGGUGGGCACACUGAGGGUACACGAGCUGCAGUCCCUGAGUGAGAUGCUGCGGGUUGAGGCCCAUGAUUCAGAGAUUCUAUGCCUGGAGUAUUCUAAGCCAGAUACAGGUCUAAAACUGCUUGCUUCAGCAAGCCGAGACCGUCUGAUCCACGUGCUGGAUGCUGAGCGAGAAUAUAGUUUGCAGCAAACAUUGGAUGAACAUUCCUCUUCCAUCACUUCAGUCAAGUUUGCUGCAAGUGAUGGACAGGUCCGCAUGAUAAGCUGUGGAGCAGACAAGAGCAUCUACUUCCGUACUGCACAGAAGUCUGGAGAUGGGGUGCAAUUUACACGGACACACCAUGUGGUGCGAAAGACAACUCUGUAUGAUAUGGAUGUGGAACCCAGCUGGAAGUAUACUGCCAUUGGCUGCCAAGACAGAAAUAUUAGGAUAUUUAAUAUAAGCAGUGGAAAGCAAAAGAAACUCUACAAAGGGUCCCAGGGUGAGGAUGGGACUCUCAUCAAGGUUCAGACAGAUCCCUCAGGCAUUUACAUUGCCACCAGCUGUUCAGACAAGAGCCUCUCCAUUUUUGAUUUCACCUCAGGAGAGUGUGUGGCUACCAUGUAUGGCCAUUCAGAAAUCGUCACUGGCAUGAAAUUCAGCAAUGAUUGCAAACAUCUCAUCUCUGUAUCAGGAGAUAGUUGUAUCUUUCUGUGGCGCUUGAGCUCUGAGAUGACUAUCAGUAUGCGGCAACGUUUGGCUGAGCUUCGGCAACUCCAGCGAGGGGGCAAGCCGCAGGGACUGUCACCCUCUCGAAGGGCCUCUGGGCUUAACAGUCGAGAUGCCCCUACAGCGCUUUCUGCAGUACCAGCCCUUUCCUCCGAGAGUGAAAAAGAUGGGGAAGAUGAGGGCACCGAGGAGGAAGAACUGCCAGCCCUGCCCAUUCUUGCCAAGGGCGCCAAGAAAGAGCCGCCAGCUUCAGCCCGAGGUCCAUCCUUGCCCAGAAGUCUGUCCCACUGGGAAAUGAGUCGGACUCAAGAGGGAGUAGAAUUCCUGGACCCAGUGCCUGCCAGCAGUCAAGGUCCCCGAAGGCGAGGACGAUGGGCCCAGCCAGGUGUAGAGCUAAGCGUCUGCUCCAUGUUGGAUCUUCGGCAGUUGGAGACAUUGUCCUCAGUACCUCGACCACCCAGCCAGGAUUCUUUGGCCCAGGAGUCAGUAGCUCAGGACCAGCCUGUCCUUGAGAAAAAUAGCCAACGAUCCACUGUGGAUGCCCAUUCCAGCCAAAAUGGCAGUGUUCCCAAGUCUCUGGUUUCUAAGUCCUGUGCCUGUUCCCAAGUUAUCCAGCUGAUUUCUCAGGAAGAGGAGGGGGUCUCUGCUCAAGAGCUGGAGCCAAUGAACAAUGAAGGUGGCAUUGUCUACCCAGAGCCAGACAGUUGCCCUCUCCUGGACUCCAGGUCUUGUCCUCUGGACGGGGAAUUCCAGGUACAGGCCCUUCCCCAUGGUCCACUGGGUAGCGUUUACCCAGUUAACAGAAGCACAGAGAAACACAGUCCUGAUAGUGCCUGCUCUGUGGAUUAUAGCAGCAGCCGUCUUUCCAGUCCAGACCAUCCGAAUGAAGACUCUGAGAGUACAGAGCCAUUGAGUGUGGAUGGAAUCUCCUCAGACCUUGAAGAACCAGCUGAGGGUGAAGAGGAAGAGGAAGAAGAGGAGGAUGGAGGAAGUGGCUCUGGUGGGCUACAGGGAGGCAGCCCCCAUACUCCUGACCAGGAACAGUUCCUCAGACGGCACUUUGAGACACUAGCCAAUGGGGCUGCUCCAGAUGGCCCAGGCCAGCCCCUGGAAAGGACAGAACCUCAAAGUAUAUCUUCCCGAUUCCUGUCCCGGGUGCAGACGCCUAGAAUCAGGGAGCCGCCCCUUUCUUUCUGGAGACCAGUAGCACAACAGAGACCCAUCAGGGUGUUUCAGGCCCCAAGUGAGAAGCCUCACAGUGGAGCCAUCUGCUUCCCUGGCAGCCCACCAGAGCCAGAGCCAGAGCCAGAGCCAGUGUGUAGUGUCUCUCACCCCCAGAAUAUGACCUCUAUGCUCCGACGGCGUCGCCUAAACCUGGAUGGCAGCUGGACACACAAGAGAACUAAAACUGCCCUCUCUGGCUCUGGCAGCAACCUUCAGAAAGCCCAGUCAGUGCAAAACCUAGGGCCACAAGUUACGUGUGUUUCUUCAGACGAGCCACCUCUGCUUGGCCCAGGACCACCACCAGAGAAUGACGUCGUCCAAGAAGGCCUGGGCCCUCAAACCCAGGGGGAUGUUUGCCCAGCUCGGCCCCGCUCCUACCUGAACUCCACCACCAGCUCCAUGGCCAAAAUGUCUCGUAGCUCCUCUGUGGGGGAGAACCUAGGCCAGGGGGAAUUGGCUGAAACUCAGGUCCCCAACCCCGUCAGGAUCACAUCCGUCAACAAGCUGGCCCUGCCGCGUCGGGCUCAUCUUGUGCUGGACAUUCCCAAGCCCCUGCCUGACAGGCCUAACGUAGCUUCUUUCUCUGCUGGGGCAAAGAGCCAGGCCCUCUGGGAAACGCAACAGCUUGGCUCCCCAGAGAGCCUGGGGAAGAAGUCUGUCACAGCAGUGGGGCAGGCCUGCCUGGGGGAGGGCAGCACUCUCACACCCCGGACAGAGAGCCAGGCCCAGCCUGGUCCCAAAAGCUCCUGUUCCCAAGAAUUACCGGCCAACUGCCUCCCCCGAAGUCCUGAGGACUUGCAGCCCCCAUCCCCAGAGGAGAUCCCCAACCCCAUGGAACCUCCCAGGCCUGGGGCUUCCCUGAGCCAGGACUCAGAACCAGUGAUGGUGGUGAGCAUGGAGCGGUGCCAGCAUGUUGUGGCAGAGCUUCGGAGCAGUGUACAUCAAGCCAUUCAGCUAUAUCGGCUGGUGGUCCGGACGAGUUCACCUUCAGCAGAGGAAAGCACAAUCAAGCAUUUGCUAGAAGAUACUUUGUCUCUGGCACGGCAAGACCUGGAGUCUCUGACUGGUGUGCCAACAGCCAGUCCCAGUGGGAGUGCAGGUGCUCUGGCAACCGACCAGACCCAGGCACUGCUGGAGCAGUAUUCUCAGCUUCUGCUCCAGGCUGUGCAAAGACGAAUGCAAGGGAGGCUCUAAGCCCCAGAGGAUCUGGCCAAAAAUAAACUUUGCUCCUCUUUCUCCAUGGU